GCUAACUACAUGUACUAGUACAAUCUUCUAUUAUGCAGUGGAGAGAAGGCCACUAUCGGUACAGGUGAUUAUACCGGUAAUAGCUUGUUGGGACACCACGAACCUGGCUGAUCCCUCGAGAGUCCAGUCCAUAAAGAGCAUUCAUUAUUGCAUGCAGACUCUAUUUGUCCCACGGAACCAAGCACACCCACAAGACAUUGCUCCAAAUAGGCCCUUCCGAAGCUUGAAUGUCUUCUUUCCGCACUUACAUGUUAGUCCAUGGCCUUUUCUUUUCCACAAUGGCAUAUGCAAGACAUCCUUGCAUUGCUGAGCCGUGACAGCCACAACACGGUACGAGGUACGGUACCGUAGCAGUCUCUUUGCAGUGUCUCGCGGACACAUCCAAUGGGUUUCUCGAGAACUCUGCCAGAACACCAAGAUCUGAGACCCGAAGCGAACGGCGCUCCCGGAUCCCGGAGUCGAGUCCUGUUUGCUACUUAGAGUGCAAGAAAAGUACCAAGAAAUCAAGUCACGAUCUGGAGUCACGAAUAUAACAGACAAAUCAAAAUUGCACCGACUAGCUUGAGAAAAGCCUUCAUUUUUCGUCCCGACAACCACCUCGAACACUCCCUCGACGAUCAACCUUCUCCUCUUGUUGUUGCUGCUGCUGUUGCUUUCUAUUCGGUUGAAGAGACAAUGGCGAGAAAGCAGUCAGUACCAAAAAACCGUUUUUGGCACCACGUAAAGCCACCCAAAGCGAAACGUACCAGAAAGCCACGGCGAUUUGACAACAAUCCCUCUCCAGACAAACUCGUAGUCGAGAAUUACGACCAGUAUCAACCAUCGAACCCACGAAGAUUGAUCGAUGAAAGCGGAUUGAAUGGAAUGUCUUCUUCUCCCGAUGGUUGUCCAUCCCCUUCCUUUGGCAUUCCCAGUCUCGCCGAGAACCCCAGCGUCGCGUCUCGAGUCGCGGCGCCAGAAAAGGAAGUCGUUGUCGCCCCCGAGACGCCCAAGGAACCAUCUCUACCAUCAAAUGAAGAUGUUGUCCAAACUUCUAGUACAUGUAACCAGAAUGGAAGCGCUCUUGUCGCUGCAGCUGUUGCCGUCGCCUCGAAACCUCCCAACGAAAGUGAGUCGGACGAAAAUGACGGUUCCAAUGGCAAGUUCUCCGCAGACCCCAAGAGCAAGAGUCCUCACAGAAGUUUGGAUGACGUCGAGUCCAAGACCCUACCAGCAGUAAUCUUUGCUACCGGUAUGAGCGACCGUCAACAACCGACUUCGCGUCCUCAUCAAGAAUUGGAGCAACCCGUAAUGCCAUUUUCGGAGGAUGAAAAUUUCGAUAUUGCUAGUCAGAAUGGAAGCGUUCUUGAUGGAGCUGGUGGAAACGGCGCUGGGGCAGACAAUGCGACGCACGACAAUUCCAGUUCGAUGCUGGACGGUGGAAAUAGUGACGACGGAAGCGCUCACGAGUCGACCACAAGCGGUGAUGAAACAAAAAGUGCCAUGGAAUCACCGCCGGGUGGCUCAAGCGGUGGAAGCGCCAACCAGAAGAACGACAGCCCCAAACACCCAACGACAUCUCCCUCUCCAGUGAAAGCCAAGGCCGACGAACCGUCACCAGGUGCAGGCCGAUCGCGUCUUGCCCGCUCUCCUUCCUCCACGUUGUUGGUACCUUCCGAAACCGGAGAGGAACAGGAUGAGGGUCGAACUAGUAUUACUUUGGAACCGCCUCGGGAGGAAAUCGUGACUGUCCCUCACACUGACAUGGAAAUUGAAGAUGGUUCGGAAAAUCAUGGCAACGAAGCAGUCGAGCAAGCAGCUGGAGGGGGACUGGUAGAUGAGUAUCAAGAAGGAGCAAUCGAAUCCUCUUUGGGUGGCUCAAGCUGUGGAAGCCCACCCCACCCCCACGACAACGACAACGACGAGAUUCCUUUUGUUGCUGACGAUGGUGCCGAUGAUGGCCACGAGGAUACUCCUUCCUUUGCUGACGGUGGUGCCAGCGGUGGUGCCGGCGAUGCUGCCGACGAUGGAGAAGAAAUGGAGACUCAGAGCUCUUCCGGUGCCGAGGAGACUCCUGCCGCUGUUGAAGACGAUGGCACCGGCGAUGUUGCCGACGAUGGAGAAGACUUGGAGACUCAGAGCUCUUCCGAUGCCAAAGACUCUGCUCAAGACGAUGGGAGCGACUUCGAGGAAGACGGCGACAAAAUCCGAAAGUCUCGUCUCAGUCUGCGCAUAAGCACACAACGGAUCAACGAAGCCUCAACGGCUGGCGACAGCAAACGGUUCAAGUGCUCGUGUGGCCAUCCUGGUUCCUUCGAAACCAAGAAUGGGCUCAAAAAGCAUCAGCGAACCAAAACGUGCGGUGGCCAAGUCAUGGAGGAGGACAAGAAGGCCAAGAAGGAUACGAAGGCUACAAUCGAUCCAAAAGAUCCCGCAACCAAGGUGACAUUGACGGAAGUGGUCGAGCAUUGCCGAGCGAAAGCGAAGAACGGCGGCAUUGUGGAGGAUGGCAAAGUACAGUGCCCGGAGUGCGAAAAGCACUAUAAGGAGUCUCAGUCUGGCAUUUGCAAGCACCUCCGAGAUGCCCAUGGUACUUUGUACAAGUGGGAAGUUGGAGACCCAACCGCAGCGAAAAAACGUGGACUUGCCGCAUCCAACGAAUCUCAGGCUAGAAAGAAGCCUCGCCAGAGCAACGAAAGAAUGACGAACAGCGCGCUUACGAGAGCAUUGCAACCGGGCAAAGCGGCAGUCAAGAUCAGCUUUCGUCGUCUGGCUACAUUUCUGGGUGGUACGGCAACAGAUAAGAAACUCUGCUGUCAUAUCUGCAAAUGUGUGACCACGGCAGGCCACAUCCAGCGACAUCUGUCGGAAAAUCAUGGUGUGGCUUUUUCCUUGACGCGAAAGUGCUAGCGAGCAACGCAAAAGUGAGUUCAAACCGGAGCAGAGAUCUCCACUUGACCGUAUCAAAUCCGUGCUUGCAAAGGGCAAGCCGUUCUCUCUUCGUUGUGAAGGCUCUCUGGUCGGCAUUGUGGUGGAUGGAGUACAUGGUUUGUUGUCGUGCUAUUUUACGCUUUACUGUACGAUAGAAACUUGCUCCGCUUUUGAGUAAUGAGUGAUGAUAGUAGCCAUAAUAUGUGCGAAAGAAGCUGUAGACCCACUCGCAGAGGCCACGUAGAAUGUUCAUAGCAACUAGAUCUAG